AUUGCAGCUCAGGAGAAGGAACGUUCGUUCCGGGCCUGACACCUCACAGUGCGCAUGCCCAGUAACCCACAGCAAGCAUGGAGGACGUGAGCCGUUGAAGCUAUUAAUAUAAAAUCACCCUGGAAUACCGAAUAAAAGAACGAUGAUACGCAGAUCGAGAAUCAGUGUUCGGCCCAAUGUAAAGCCCGCAGGGCGAGUUCAGACCGGCUCUCGAGAUGCAUCUGUAGAUAGUGUUCAGCCUCCCCAGGCUUCUGCUGACUCCACUCGAUCUGAGGGGUCAGAGGUCACAGUUGAUAAGUUGAACACUGACCCACCUGUAGCAAGUUCGGAGCUGUCCAAUAAGGAAGUGUCUCAGAGCUGCUGUUCUAGUGACCAGUUGGAGACCACUAAACGUGAAGAGGAUGCAGCAGCUAAAAGUUCUGAUGCCCAGGAUUCAGCAAGCACCUCUGCGACUUCUGGGCCUCAGAGGAGGAAACGUUUCACAGCUCUCCCCAACCUGGCCAAACCACGAUCCUCUCCAGCCUCUUCUAGAACUCCUAAAUCCCCGUCCAAGUCCCCUGUAAAACCAGUAACACCCAGUGAACCUGAAACCUCAACCCCCACUGCAUCAGAGCAGUCUUCCCUUCAGAUACCUGCACCUGUCCAUAACCCCAGGCUUCCUGGAAGACGGAGACCUUCUGGAGGAGGCAGACAGGCUAAGGUUCAGUCCAUGCCUGCAGCCCCACAGCAGGAUGACCAAGAGAUGCAAAAGGAAAUGGGGUUGGGGGAUUUUCCUGUGCCAUUGACUGUCCAGCAAGGGGAGUCUCAACAUCCCCUCGUUACUUUCCAACCUGAUACCGUAUUGGUUCAUGAAAACCCUCCAGCUCUUCCUGCUGUGGAAGAUGUGGUUGUACAACAGGAGAGUGAUUCUGGGCUGUCUCCGGGACAGAACCAAAUGGAUCUCUUAAGAGAAAGACUUCAUAAGCUUAAGACACCAUCGAAGAUCCUUAAGUCCUUGAAAUCUCUGAACGACCCAGCAGACAUAGUCAGGUUAGCUCAGGCACGGAAACUUCGGGAACUUCUUAAAAAAGAAAUGAACAAACAAAAGGAAGACAAGAAGAAACCCAAGAUGGGAAUCAAAGAACGCAAGGCACCCAAAGACCACACCAAAAUGACCAUGAGAGAGCUGAUCUAUUACCUGCCUGAUUCCAACCCAAUGAAGUCGUUCACAGAAGAAGAGCAGAAAUCAUCAGAGACAGUAUUAGAUGACUAUCCUACACCAACGUCUUCUAAGACUCCAGCUGCUCCAACAGUUCAGGAGACAGUUGUAGAAGAUGUUGGUAAUGAAGAAGACGAGGAAAGAAUGGAAGAAACGCAGCCGGAAGAGGAAGAGCCUCUUCUGGUGCCCAGGGUGAAGGUAGCGGAGGACGGCUCUCUGAUUAUAGACGAGGAGAGUUUAACAGUCCAGGUGUCAAGGGCAAAAGGACCCAAUCCGGCAGAAGACCGAGAUCCCAUAUUUGAACGUGGCUCUACCACCACCUACUCCAGCUUUAGAAAGGGCACCUACACUAAACCCUGGUCCAAUGGAGAGACUGAAAUGUUUUACUUGGCCAUCAGCAUGGUGGGAACAGACUUCUCCAUGAUUGGUCAGCUGUUUCCACACCGUGGUCGAAUAGAGAUUAAGAACAAGUUCAAGAAAGAGGAAAGAAAUAACUCAUGGAGAAUAGAUAAAGCUUUCAAGGAGAAACGGCGUUUGGAUCUAGAUUUCUUCAAAAAAUUAAUGGAGCAGAUCUUAAAAAAGGAGGAAAAUAAGAAAAACAAAAACAAAGAGCUUGUCAAGUUGGCUAAAGCACAGAGGAGAGUCCAAAGGAAUGUGAGAGCAGCUAAAAGGAAGGAAAUGGAGUCUUCAUCAGAUUCGGACAGCGAUGUGGUGGCUGGAGAAAAGGAGAAUGAGGACCUCUCAAAUGAUGGAGGAAGUGAUACCACUCCAAAGAAACGCAGAAGAAGAGGGACGACGAAUACUCCAGACAGGAGAAUCAAGAGGACAAAUGGAGAGGCUGAAAUAGAUAAAGCUGAGGACUAUGAAAAUCUUACUUCUGAUGGCCAUUCACAAGAUGACAGUAGAUACAAUAGUCCUGCUAUUAAACCGGCUCAGCUGAAAGGUCGACCUCAGAGACCUGUCCCAGACCUCAGCUGCAGAUGGGGGAACAGGCGCCCUGUGCACAAAGGCAAAGAGAACGGGACCUCAGCUGGUGAGCAGAGUACAAUGGACAAGUCCCCCAAGGUGCCUAUAAAAGAGAAGAAGCAGUCUGCAGUUCUCCUUGAAUUGGACGAUUUAGAGGAAGAACCUGACCUGAGUGCUGUACAAGAACAGAUAUUCAAUAAACCAACCAGGUCAGGAAGGAUCCCUAAGCUCUCUCAGCAUGUAAUACAGGCAGCGGCAGAGGAUGAUGAGGAAGAGCUCUCUGAUCUUCCUGUGUCUUCCAACGUUCGUGGUCAGGACGCUAAGGCACCUGGCCGUAGAGCUAAGUUAAAACCAGGUCCCAGGUUGAAACAGGGCAUGCCUAGGAGGGGAAAAUCUAGACUGGUGACCUUACUGGCCUCUGGAACUGAAGACGGGGAUGAGGAGGAGGAAGAAGAGAAAUUAGAAGAGUCUGUCCUGAGCCAGGAAGACUUUCCUUCAAAUCCUGAAGAGGAAAACCAGGCUUUUGUGCCAUUCAGUCUACGGCCUCUACCUCCUGUUAAUUCAGAAGUGGUAGAAACCAUGGAAGAGUUGGACAUUUCUGUGAAUGUGCCUGAUAUCUUGGGUGCAUCCCAGAAUGCUAUGUCCUGUGAUCAUUCCACGGUGCCUGCUGGCCCUGUCCCUUGUGAACAUCAGUUGGACCUUCUUGUUGAUGUCAUAGAGUUUCUUGACCCAGACCACAUGGAGGUAUGUAAAGAGAUCAACAAUGAAGCCGCUCAGACUCUUUUGACUAUCGGGAACUCGGCUCAGAUGAUCCAGACAUCAGAAAUGCCCUGUACAAGUGGAAACGAUAUUGUUGAACAGUCAAGCAUUGUACAUGAAGAGGUCAUCCAUGAGGAAGUCAUCACAGAAACAGCCAUCAUGUCCUCUUCUUUUGUAAGCUGCGAUUCAGAGACAAAAGGUGAAUUUUUGAGCUGUGAAACUCCUAUUCCAGAGCCCCCCGCUGAAGAAACCCCCACCCAGAAAGAAGAACCAAUCAAAUCGCAGACAACUGAUGCUCAUCUGGCUCCCAUUCAACACGAGUCACAGGUUCCACCAAGCAAAAGAGGUCGAUUCUCCAAGCCCAAGCCCAAUAUUGGUCAAAGUUUCAGAACCAGACAAGCUCCACAGCAACAGAUCUCUUCAGAACUUGUCACAGGAUCUUUGGGGAUCUCUAAGGGUCCAUCUUCCACAGAACAGGAUAAAAAUGCAAUGCAAGAAGACUGUGUUCUUGUGGAUCGUCUGCCAGACUCCUCUACCAUCCACCCUGAGAUACUACAGCCAGAUACAUCAUCUGAAAGACUGAUUAAAGAAGAUAACGGAUCUGUAUCAUCUCUGAAGAGAAAGAAUGGUGAUGAUAUAAUCACAGAAGAAAAUAUAAAAGAACAAGGAGAGAGAUCAGAACCACAGCUGACUAAAAGUGUGAAGGAUAUUCAGACCUCGUCAGCUGAGCCCUCUAAACCUGUCAGGAGGUACCGCGGACCCAAACCUAAACCAAACCUGGCUCAGACAUCCAGACGCUCACUGACACAAAGCAGUGAAACGUCAUCCACACUAGUAUUAAAUGAGAAGUCAUCUGCUGCUCAGCCUUCCAUGAUCACUAAAAGUCCUGAAGAUGAUGCUGUAGUUACCACAGAACUUGAUGCAUCCAAAAGUACAGCUCACCAAGAGGGGGCAUCGAGCAUUGACUCAGCAGAGACGGUUAAAGAUGUCACCCCGCCUGUUGUCUCUGAAACCGCGUCGAGUCAGAAAACUCUGGUCAUGCUGGAUGAGAACAUUACAGUUAAUCCCGAGGAAUUUUGUGAAGGCAACUCUGUGAAUCAUCCUGAAUGUGAAUCAGAAGACAUGUGUCUGACGCCUGAGGAACCUGUUUUUAUACUGUCUCUCACAGAAAUCCCACCCACUUUAGAUGAGAAGGUGGGGUUUCAGACAGAGCUCCUCCCACCUGCAGCAACGCCUGAGUCACAUUCUCAUGGUCAAAGUGCUAGUGAGAGCAGGGAGGUAUCUCACCUUCUGAUCACAGAUGCUUUAGUUCCUGUGUCAGAGGAUGAGGGAAAGAAAAGUGAACAGGGAGACGGGGGCAAAUCAAGGAAAGGAGAAUUGAAACUCAAGAUGGCAACCUUUUCGGGGAUUACCAAAAAUGAGAGUCAGGCAGAACAUCACGAGGAAAGAUUGGAAAGCCUUGGGGCAGAGGGGACUGAUGAUGAGAAAAGAAAAAUACCUGAGAGAACCAGGAGAGCAAAACUGCAAGUUAAACCCAUCCCCCUUUCACGGAGGAGCGUUCGAGACAGUGAUGCUAAAGAGGACACAGCAGUCUCUAAACAGACUACCUCAUUACCAAUUUCAAUACGAGAGACGAAAUCAGUGCCGGAGCAAACUUUACCCGCUGCCAUUUCAUCAACGGGCGACUCGAUAUCAGCCACCAUCUCUGACAUCUCUACAGACCUUUCUGUGACUAGCGAUAAUACUCCUUCACCUCUCUCUGGAGAGUCUGUCCAGGAGGGUUCCUCCCAGGGCAUCAUGGGAAAAGUGGACCUCUCAGGCAAAGAGACAGUUGGGUUGGCUAGCGGAUCGGACUCGAAAGGUGUCAGUCAAAUCGCUCCUAUUGCCACGAGUGGACCGCUUACAAGACCUGGCAGAAGACCCAAAGGGUUCCUGUCCUUCAUUUCAUCUAAGAGCACACAAGGGCCCCCAGCGGCUCAUCGAGGGGCCAAACCAGGCCCCCCAAAACCAGCAGUCAACACCGCACGUCCUGAGAGAAAACGUAUAGCAGCUGGUCCUGUUACCACCGCAACCAACUCUGAAGUAAAGCAACCCUCACCGACCCCUGCUUCCAGCACUGCGUCUGUCGUCCAGGUAUCAAACGAACUCAGAAGAAGAACCCACAAGUGUCUCCAAGUACUUCUUCAGUGACAUCUUUACUGAGGUUGAUGAACUAGAAGACAUGGAUUAAGGCCAGUGGUUGGAAUAACGAACCAGUCACAACUAAACAGAAAUUCAAUUCGACAUAAGUCGGGUGUAUAGACGUGUGAAUAUUUGCAGUUUUUCCCAGGACACUUUUAUCAAGAAGAACCACACCUGAAGAGAUGCAGCGAAAACGUACCUCAGUAACAGUUGACAUAAUGUCUUUUAUGUUAUUAUAAUUUUAUUUAAGGAUAAAUAAGUAUUAAUUCAGUUGUUUUUGAUACUGUUUUAUUCUUUUCUUAUGUAAAGUUGUAUUAUACUUAGUCUGAUCUGAGCCUAACUGAUUAUUUUUGUUGUUGUUCUCUACCUUGUGCAUUUUAUUUUUCAGUUAUGAAUAAGAAACAUGUUUAUUUCUCUUUAAGGCCUUGCUAAUUCAUAAAACAACAUUUUUGUAUGCUUUUUUGAAAGCGACUUCUUCCUAAUUUAUUUUUUAAAGAGCAGCUUUGAAACAAACCUCCAUUUUAAAUAAGCACGGUCUGUGUGGCUCAAUGCUGUCUGUGUGUUGUAUUUUAGCCUUACUCCGCAUUAUUUGUAGCAUUUUUAUAUUCAGCUUUUAGUCGCAAAGGUAAAUCUUUGUUUUAUGUUAGUGUUAUGCUGUUCAUAUGUUUUUCAUAUUUGUAUGCAAAUGUUUCUCUUGUAUGUAUCUGUAAAUAUGUUAAUAAAAAUGUUGUAAAAGUUGCAUUUUAAACAAUU